AACUUUCAAAAUUUUUGAAUUACUAAAUUUAGCAUCUCUUAAAUAGGAGAGAGAAAAUAAAAAUGAGAAAAAGGGAAUUUAGAGUUUGGAUUAGAGUAAUGUAUAAUCCACAAGUGAGUCCAUAUCUGGGGGCUGCUCUGCUCACCAUUUUUUCUCUUUUUUUUCCUGUCUUUCUCUCUCCUCUUUUCUCUCAGGAAAAAAAAACCCCAAUUUGAAAUUCAACCCCCUUUAAUUCUCCUGGAUCACCUUACUUCAAUCAUACCCAGAUCUUGUCAGUUACUUCACCACCAGUUUAGCUGACCCCUUCAUUUUGGUGGUUCUAAUUCGACUGAAAAAGAGUUCUUUUGUAGGAGGGUUUGUCUUGUAGUUCAUCAGUGCAAGGGGAAGCUAUCUCAAUUAUGUACAGAAUUACAGAUGAGAGCUUCUGCAAUUGCUGUUUCCUUAUUUGAUUGAUUGAACUCUUUAGGGUUUUCGUUUCCCUGUUGCUGAUGAUCUUUGAUUCUGUACCUUGGAGGAGGAGGUUCUUUUUGGGUGUCCUUUUAAGUUGAUUAGGAAUAACAUACUUCAUCUUUAAUUUAUCUGCAAAGAUAUGAUAAAGCAGAUUUUGGGUAGGCUUCCAAAGAAGCCAUCUAAGUCGGCCGAUGCUCGCGAUCCUCUCUCUUCAAAUGUUUUAGCUGGUGCCAAAACUGGUGAUUCAACUGGACAUAAAUCAGGAAAUGGUAAAGAUGUCCCUCAACAAGGGUUCCAUCCAUCUUCAAAUUCUGGUGUUAAAUUUGCAGAGGAUUUAACUGCAAAUGACAACUACGCUGCAAAUCCGUUUGAGGCAUUGCCUAGUUUUAGGGAUGUUCCAAGUUCUGAGAAGCAGAAUUUGUUUAUAAGAAAGGUUCACUUGUGUUGUCAUUUUUUUGAUUUCACUGACCCCACAAAGAACCUGAAAGAAAAGGAGAUUAAGAGACAGACAUUGCUUGAGCUUGUGGAUUAUAUAAGCUCUGCUAGUGGUAAAUUUACAGAAAACGCUAUGCAAGAACUCAUUAAGAUGGUGUCUGCAAAUUUAUUUAGGUCACCUGCUACCCAACCCCGUGAUAAUAAGGCUUUAGAGGCUUAUGAUUUGGAAGAGGAGGAGCCUUCUAUGGAUCCUGCAUGGCCUCACUUGCAGAUUGUUUACGAGCUCUUCUUAAGGUUUAUAGCGUCUCCUGAGACAGACACAAAGCUUGCCAAAAGGUAUAUAGAUCAUGGUUUUAUCAUCAAGUUGUUAGAUAAUUUUGAUUCUGAAGAUCCUAGAGAGAGGGAGUAUUUGAAAACAAUUCUUCAUCGCAUCUAUGGUAAGUUUAUGGUGCAUCGCCCGUUUAUUAGGAAAUCAAUAAACAACAUUUUCUAUCGUUUUAUCUUUGAAACUGAGAAGUUUAAUGGGGUUGCUGAGCUUUUGGAAGUUUUGGGUAGUAUCAUUAAUGGGUUUGCUUUACCUCUAAAGGAAGAGCAUAAGUUGUUCCUUGUUCGUGUCCUUAUUCCCCUCCACAAACCAAAGUGCUUGUCUACGUACCAUCAACAGUUAUCUUAUUGCAUUACUCAGUUUGUUGAGAAGGAUAGUAAGCUUGCAGAUACUGUAGUUAGGGGUUUAGUUAAGUACUGGCCAAUCACCAACAGUACAAAGGAAGUUAUGUUCCUCAGUGAGCUGGAGGAGGUUUUGGAAGCAACCCAAUUACCUGAAUUCCAGCGUUGUAUGGUGCCGUUAUUUCGGCGCAUCGCUCGUUGCUUGAGCAGUUCCCACUUUCAGGUGGCAGAGAGGGCUUUGUACUUAUGGAGUAAUGAUCACGUCGAAAACUUGAUUAAGCAAAACCGUAAAACUAUUCUUCCCAUCAUCUUCCCCGCGCUGGAGAAAAAUUGUCGGACCCACUGGAAUCAGGCUGUUCAGAGCUUGACCCAGAAUGUUCGGAAGAUUUUCUCCGACGCAGAUCUUGAGCUUUUCGAGGAGUGUAUGCGGAAGUUUGAGGAAGAUGAAGCUAAAGAGAAAGAGCGAAAAGAAAAACAAGAAGCCACAUGGAGGCGCUUAGAAGAGGUCAUUAUAACCCAACAUAAAAAUACUGAAACACUCUUAGCUCCUCCUCAAAACACAGUUGCUCAAACAGUCGCGAGCUAGUAUUUACUAUUUAGGACAUGUUGGCUUGUAGUUUAAUCAUUGAUGAUUUGGAGGUUUUUGGUUGAUAUGGUAAUUUCCUGUCAAAAAAUGCUGAUCAAUGCCACUCCCCUCCUUUCAAAAUUUUCUGGUGUGAGGAUUAUGGGGACAGAUUUACGGAUUUACCCAUAUGCUGUGCUGAAAGAUGCAAUACGAGUCAGCAGCUUUCUGGACCAGAAGUGUUUUGAGGUGAUAAAUCAAUUUGCGGAUUUUUCUAAUGGCGAUUGACUGGUUGUUUUACGGAGGUAUACACGGAGGAGCUACAGAUUCCAGGUACUUUGCUUUGUUGGGGUCCGGGUUGUAUUAUUAUCUUUUAUUAUUUUGUGUUAGUUGAGGUUACUCUACUUCCUUAGUGUAUGCAGUAUACAUAUGUGUAUCUUCUUGACGAUUCUUAGAAUGAUCCCCAUCAUUUGGUUUGAUUUUCAGCUUAUUAUAUAUGUAAGUUUUAGAACUUGCAAAAUUUGUUUUUGUUUGUUAUAGAACUUAAUUUGACUUCCAUAGAAUAUUUUGCUGACUUCAA